UGACUUUCACCACGCCCCUUUUAUGCGUGAACGGGGGGGGGACCCAAAGCAAGUCCUCUCAUCCAAUCAGCAUCGCCCUUACUGCUUUGUCGCUGUUGUUUAAACUGCACCAAUACAGCAGGCUGUUGCUGUUGCUAGAUUGAAACCUUCCCAGUUCCCAGUGAUGGCGGCCGCCGUGUCCGUUGGUGCCGCAGCCGGAGGAGACGAGAAUCUGAACCUGGGGCCCAUUUUGAAGUCCCCCUCGUCUUACGACUGCGACCCUGCCGCCGAAAAUGAGGACUGGUUCCCCGGGGAAGGCGGAGGAGAGCCGGGAGAGGAGGAGAACACGGCGGGAGACGAAGGUCCGCGGGCUGCCGAGGAGGAGCUGUCCGUGCUCAGCCCCGAGGAGAUCGCUGGCCGCCUGGACAGGACCCGCCGGGAGUUUUACAACCGCAGGAAAAUCCUCAUUAAAAACCUGCCACCCGACAUCACGAAUCAGGAGGUCCAUGAUCUUUUGAGUGACUAUGACUUAAAGUACUGCUUUGUAGACAAAUACAAAGGAACAGCCUUUGUGACUCUGCUGAACGGUGAACAAGCCAAGUCUGCCAUAAAGGAGUACCACCAGUAUUCCCUCCGCGACCGGGAUAUCUCCGUGCAGCUGCAGCCCACGGACGCCCUGCUGUGCAUCGCCAACCUGCCCCUGUCCUUCACCCAGCAGCAGUUCGAGGAGCUGGUCCGCCCCUUCGGCAACCUGGAGCGCUGCUUCCUGGUGUACAGCGAGAGCACGGGCCAGUCCAAGGGCUACGGCUUCGUGGAGUACAUGAAGAAGGACUCGGCCGCCCGGGCCAAGUCCGAGCUCCUGGGCAAGCAGCUGGGCACGCGCAUGCUGUACGUCCACUGGACCGAGGUGAACUCCCUCACCUACCCACUGCUGCACUCUCGCUGCCUCUGCGUGGACCGCCUGCCUCGUGGGCUCCAGGACGCCGAGGGCCUGCAGGAGAUCUUCACCCAGUUCCACCCUCCCGUCUUCUGCCAGCUGGCCCAAGGGCAGGAUGGCAACUUCAGGCGGUUUGCAGUGCUGGAGUUCGAGACGGCCGAGAUGGCAGAGAUGUUCCAGAGGAGCACCGACGGGCUGGCUGUGGGCAAGACGCGCAUCCGCGUCUCGUUCUGCGCACCUGGACCCCCGGGGAGGAGCAUGCUGGCCGCGCUCAUUGCAGCUCAGACCAUGGCUAUGAAUCGCGGGAAGGGGCUGCUGCCUGAGCCGAAUGCCAUGCAGAUCCUCACCAGCCUCAACAACCCAGCUACGCUGAAAAUGCUGCUCACCCCACUACAGCAAGGCAGGAAGCAUGGUCUCCUUGGAGCAGCUCCUGCAAUGCCCCUCUUGGCGAACCCUGCCCUGACAGCAGCUUUGCUGCAGCUUGUACUACAAAACCAGGCCCAGCUCCAGCAGAAUGCAUUGCUGGGGAGCCCCCUGCUUCUGCAGAAUCUUAUGUGGGCACAGCUCCUGCACAAUAAAGAGAACCAGGCAGGCCUGAGUCCCGGGGUGCUUGGAGAAAACCCCCUGUCUGUGCUGCCACCUCAAAACAUCCUUCAGCAGGGAAUGGGAAUACUGGGAGACCUGCCUCCAGGUGGAGUUUUGCCCUCUGUUGGGCUGGCCCCAGAAGUGCCUCCUCCAGGGCCCAUAAAGCCAACCACGCUGCCUGGAGGAAACAUGCCCCUCCCACACCUGCUGGGUGGUGGGUCUGUGGACCGGGAGUCUCCCACCACCGUGGGGGGCCACUUUCCUCAGUCUGCGCCUUCUCCUGCGCUCCAGGGCAUUGUCACCCCUAUUCUGGGCAAUGUGCUAGGUGGCAUACCUCAGCAGCCUAGUGCUGGUCUGCCAGCCGAUGGCGGGUCUCUAAUGCCAGGGCUGUCCCUACUGGGGGAGCCUCCCAAAGACCUGAAGAUUCCCCGGAACCCAUUCCUCAACAUCCACAGUGCCUUCCCAUCAGCAAGCAUGUCAGGAUCAGGUGCAAACUCCAGACCGCACCCCUAUAGGAAGAAGCCCGCUGUCUUAGGGAACAUUUCUAAUCCCAGAAACAUGCAUAGUUCCCAUUCAGACUUCUCUCCUUCUUCCAGCCUUCAGUACCAAGACUCCUAUUUGUAUGGAGACUACAAGCCUAUAAAUCAAGACUCAAUGUCGCACAUGUAUCAGCAACUCGAUGCCUUGGACCCAAGUGCUUUGAGAGGAUACAACCAUCACAAGCAAAAGAGUCCGUACCAGUCUGGCUACAGUGAGCGCGGAGCCUUUAACCUCUCUCCUGUGCCCUCUUAUCACUCGGGGUCUCCUACAGCAUACUUCAAGAGCGGGAUGAGUGCUGGGAUCCAACAGACUCACCUCAACAAGGCAGUAGGUAUGCCUCCUGUAAGCAAUGGGAACAGUUUGUACGGGUACGGGCCAAGCUCAUCUCCUCCAGGAAACAUUAUGAAGACGCCAGUUGGGGGUCAGAAACGAGUGUUCUCGCGUCUCAUCCCGUCGCCCGAGCCGAGCCCCGAGGGCAGCUAUGUGGGACAGCACUCGCAGGGUCUUGGGGGACACUAUGCCGAUUCCUACCUGAAGCGGAAACGGAUAUUUUAACUGCGGGUGUCUCCGGAGUUGUGGGGAUAAAAUGGAAAAGGAUGAGAGAAGGGAGGGAGGAGGAAGGACAGACCUCUGAUGUUGUGCCAAUCAUCACUGACACCAUGCUUAUUACAAGGGUGGAGAAUUAU